AUGAUAGCCAAGGAACAAGUUGAUGUCAUAGAUCAAUACGCUCAAUCCAUCGUUAGUUACGUAGACACCCAAUAAAAGACUAUAGUGGUCUAAUUGAAGACUGCAACCAUUUAGAAACUGAAUGAGGUGACUAUUGUGCAUUACUAAAAGAACUUGGACAAGAUCAACUAAAUACGAGAAGAAUUUGAGGAAACCAAAAGCAUUUGUAAGUUAUCCAAUCUUUUAUCAAGACGGCAGAGAAUAAAUUGGAUGAGAAUAUUCAGAAAAUCAAUCAAAUACAGAAUUCUAUCGAAGGAAUGGAAUCAUAAGUGGAUCAUCUGGAUUUGA